AUGUACCAUGUUGUCUCGUCAGUUCUCAUACCACCCAAGCCUACUCUUCUCAUCCAAACGGCCCACUACAUAUCCUCGACUUGCCUCUUGACGUCACCCACGUCUUUCGUUAAGAUGAAGUUCAUCACCGUCUCUGCCGCCAUCGCACUCCUCGCACCCGCAGUGCUCGCUCAGACAUCCGUGACGGUUGCAUAUGAUACUGCAUACGACCAGGGGAGCUCCUCGCUUGAUACCGUCUCCUGCUCUGAUGGUGCCAACGGUCUGAUCACGAAAGGCUACACCACCUUCGAAUCGCUCCCAGAUUUCCCGAACAUCGGUGCCGCGGCAGCGGUCACUGGGUGGAAUUCGGCGGAGUGCGGGACGUGCUGGGAGUUAUCAUAUGACGGAAAUACAGUCACCGUCCUUGCGAUUGACCAUGCCGGGAGCGGAUUCAACAUUGCGCUCGCAGCCAUGAACACGCUGACGGACAACCAGGCGCAGUUCUUGGGCAGGGUUACUGCUACGGCGACGCAGGUCGAUGCGUCUGUCUGUGGGCUUUAG